UAAAGGGAGUUAAUUUCCUGCCGCGCCGCGUCAUCAGGGCUGGAUUGAGUCAGUGCUGCCCAUUCAGGCAUUGUGAGUCCCACACAGCACCUCCACGCUGCAGAGCAGCCCGGGCGCAGCAAGUGGCAGCCGCCUCGCCAGCCCACGACGGCCGGCUCCGGUUCUGCUGCUUCCUCCACUUCUGCAUCGCCACGAGCUCUGAAACUCCCCAAGGCUGGAGUGGAGACGCUUCCCCUCCCUCCGGCUUUGUCUCCGCGGUCCUGUAGCAAAACAGUGCAGCCCGUCGGGGGUUCCUGGUGCGAGGCCCCUGCCUCUGGACACAGGCUAAGAAGUGCCGGGAGGCAGAGAAGAGAGGCAGAGCAGGGAGUCGGCAUUCCCACCCCAUGGAGGCUGGGCUGUUCCUAGCAGCGCUGCUGCUCUCUUGCACACCGAUACGCACAAGUCCCAUGAGCGCUGAUGUUUGCACCCUUCAGCAGAUGAUGAAGGACAAGGUGUCUUACACAACAGGCAAGACUGUGAGUGGCUGUGUGAGCCGCAGCACCGUGGGGGGACCCCAGGAAGUCCACGUUCUCCAAGUGAAAAUGGAGAAGAUGGGGCACUUCCAGUUGAGUGUGUCCUCAGCAGGACGGACCACCCCACCUGAGCGAAAGGUGCUGUUUGUGAUCAUCUGUGACAAGUCCUGUAGGGUGACAGUUCAUUCGGCGGAUCUCCACCCGACCUUUGUCUCGAAUAACAUGGUCAGUGGCGUCACAUGCAACGUGUCAAGCGCCUUCGAGCAUAUCAGUGAUGAGCUGCUUGUGCAACGGGUGAAAGAACACUAUGGGGGCAUCACGUCCUUCACCAAGCUGGAAAACCCCAACCACAUCCACUUCCGAGUGGGCGAAGAUGCUAGCAGUCCGGAGGACUGCAUCGUGCAGUCUGGGUUCAGUGCCCGGCGGUACCUACAGACCGAGUUCUUAGUCCAAGAGGUUAAAGGCUGCACCAGCCCCAGUGCGAAGAAGGGGAAGGAGGCUCACAUCUUGCACGUGCAGCAGGGCCCAGAGGAGACCAGCUCUCAGCCCGUGGAGGUGAAGGUGAAUGUGGUCUGCCCCGAAGCAAAGCUGCUGCAGGAUCUGAAAAUACUGCUGAUCCUCCAAAGCCAACCCAACGUGACCUGGAACAUUGAUACACAACGCACCGUGAGCAUCAUGGCGUCUGGGAAAUACUGGAUCACCAUAUUCCCCUCCAAGGCAUUGGAUGAGAAUGUCCUCCCUGACAAUGAGCAGGGCCUGAUUGGCUUGGCCCGCGAGAGAGGAUUUGAUGACAUAGCUUCAUAUACAGACAUCCCGUCUGCUACCCACGUGACCCUUGAGCUGCACAGAUGUGAACCAGAAGUGAAGACUCCACCACCAACACCUGCACAACACCCUGUGACCAUCAAUAUUGUUCAAGCAUUUUUCAGUCUGUCCCGACCGUGGAAGUGCAUGGACGACUCCAUUGAGAUAGUCGUGCUGAAGACGUCCUUACAGGGAUUAAAUGUCCACAUCACGGAUAUCACAUUGCAAGACCCCCAUUGCAGAGCCGAACAAAACAAAACUCACUUUGUGCUGAAAAGGUAUUUGGGGGACUGCCACACCGAACUGGAGAGGGGAAGCCAAGCCAAGAAUAAGCUGAUCCUGACACUGGCUUCAUCUCUGGAGAAAGUCGAGGUGCCGUUGGAGUGCAAACUGCCGCAGGAGCUCCAUUUGCAGCUUUACCGGACCCAGGACUUCAAGUGGCCUUCUACCACCGUGCUGGAAGUCAACAAAGCUGCUUAUGUCCAGGUCUCGUUUCGGGCAGGGAUUGCCCAGACUCCCGUGAAGGUGGAGGAGUGCUCUCUGCAGGCUGCUGGCGAGGAGCCUCAGCAGCUCCUGAUCCAGCCUGUCACGGCGCUCGGCCAAGCAGUGACCGUCCUCAAGCCAACAGAAGCCACUCUGGGCCGGGAGCUCCAUCGCUUCAGCUUUGUCUACAGCCUGGCUGGGGGAGGGCCCUUUCCUCCUUGCGCCACCCUGUCGUGCAGAGUGACCUUGCCUUUCAACGACAGCACCGUCGAGAGAAAAUUAGAGGUGACGCUGCAGGACACCAGACCUCCACCUUCCAGCCUAGGGAUAGAAGCAGUCGUGGGGAUCACCUUCGCAGCCUUCUUAAUCGGCACGCUCCUCACCGCCGCGCUCUGGUGCAUUUACUCCCAUACCCCGCCUGUGUAAACACAGGGACAAUUGGCUUAUCUCAGCACUGACAGGGCCGUGAUUGGGCCAGGGAAGAUUGAGCCACCACAUGCUCUGUGUUCCCUCGUCAUCAGCUGAUUGGCUGUGAGCAACCCCCUGGCGCCUGCCUAAUGUUUUCCAUUUUUUCUGACAUGUAACAUCCUCCAGGCCCCAUGGCCAAAAUGCAGCCGGUCUCCACCAACGCCCCAGCCUCCGAGAGCAGCAGCCCCAAUCACAGCGUCGGCAGCACCCAGAGCACCCCCUGUUCCACCAGCAGCAUGGCCUAGGCAGCAGGCCACCCGGACACCCCCGCCCCUCGGGGAGAGAGGGGCUGUCUGGGAGCUCCCGCCCAUGGACUUCAUCGGAGCCGCAGGCAGCUGAGCUCCCCGACCCAGGGACAGCUGUGGGGGAGAAGACAGUGGGGCCCGUCCCUCGUAGCCUGCUCUGCUGGACAGGCACAGCGGAGAGGAGCAACCACACCGUCACUUUUCACGCACUCCGGGAGCAACACGCCCACCAGCUCUCCACAGCCGGAACUGAACAAAGGAAGGUACCAGCAGCAUGCUGAGGGCUGGGAGACCAGGCCAGGCCCAUGCCAGCCACAGGCUGGGAGCGUGAGCAUGAGGACUAGCAGCCAGCACGUUGGGAGAGCGGAUGGCCCAGGGAGCCUUUCACUCCGAGGCCAGACGUUCUCUGCCCAGGAGCCGGAGUGCCCGAAAUCCCUCUAACUCUCUCCUGCAGCUGUUCAGUAGCCAGCCUGAGAGGGGCUGGGGGCAUCUGUCCAUUUCCUAAUGCAGAGAUGGCCCCGCUGGAACCCCCCUGUCCUGCCCCCUUUGCAGGCUGCCCCAGGAGAGGGGCCAAAGCCUGACGGGGGCGUAAGGCCUGAACUCCCCACGCCGGGGUCCCCCAGUCAAGGAGUGGGCUCGGCUGGUGCUGCUGCCGUCCACUUCCCAGACUAAGGGGAAAGGCCCCUGCUCACUGCCAAUCCCUCCAGCUGAAGAAUCACCGUCGCCUCCCACGCAGCCCAUCUGCUGGGAUCCAGCCCAUGAGCGGGAGCAGCCACUCCAAUGCGCUGCCACUCACAGCAGAGCUUAAGUCAGCAUGAGCCCAGCCCUUUGCCCCGGGCCUCAGCCUGGCAGCCAGUGGGCUCCAGAGCCAGCUGCUUAGACCCACUCCGACUGCAGCGGUUGCCAAACGCGGUCAAGGUGCUGCCGGUCUCCCAGGCCCACUUAGGCGCAGGUGAGGCAGCUGAAAUCAGCAGGUCCCCUCGUGGAACCUGGGUGCUCAGACAGCAGCUGUGUGUCCAGACUCCGGCCAGGCAAGGGGAGGCGAGGCUCCCGGGCCAGACGGGGUUUUCCUGCUGGAGGGAUUUGUUCCACCCCAGUCCGGUUCCUUGUCAGGGACCGACUCCUACAGAUCGGGGCAGGCGGCAGGGAAGGAUUCCUCCCCCAUGCCCUGGGGCUGCUGGAAAGGCGUGCGCACGCGCACAGCAAAUAGGAAGCUGGGAUUCUGCUCCCCCAUGACUGUGAUGGGCAGGGAGCGCCCCCCGGUCACCUGGCUGGGCUGCGGUGUAGAGCUCGGGGCCCGGCCGUCGUGGCCCUUUCGGGCCGUGGCACACCCAGCGUUCCUUGCUGUACAUAAUCCUCUAGCCCUGCAGUCACACAGCCGCGGUGCUGAGGCAGCGUGUCAGUUACCAGCAACUAUGUACCUUUCCUUUUGCGGGGGGGUUAGACCGAGCGGGUCUUUACGUGUGUGCCAGACACAGCCCAGACACAGCCCAGGGCGAGGCGCGAGGCACAGCUGCGGGAACACGGGGGCCUGCGUGGCGAAGCCACAGGGGGGAGUGUUUUCUGACUGGCGACCUGGCAUGACGGCGGGCGCCAUGCCUCUGCCCUGGAAGCACUGGGGCGAGAGGUGGGCUCGGGUCCUGCAGAGCCCCCCCCACCACACAAACACCCCCCCCCCCGGUCCCCCCAGGGGGCUUGACCCUGACUGAAGUGUCACUGAUGCCUCCUUUACUAAACGUAACCCACCGGGAGACACCCACUCUGGCAGCUCGCUGGCCUAUUUCAGGCCCCCCAGGCUGAACGCCUGGCCCUUGGGGGACUGAGUGUAAUUAAAGUCACACGUGGACCCCCUCCCCCCCCCCGAGCCAUAGCGCAGCUGGCUGGGAGUCGCGGGCUCUCAGCCGAGGGCCUGGCUCCACCGGCCCGCAGACCAGGUUUGACGCCCCCAGGCUCAGAACCAGUCUGAAUGGCGCCCACCGGCUGGGCCUUGCCCUCCCUCCCCAGCCCCAGGGUUGUGCCUCUGGUCUGUAAAUAUUUGUACUGACCCCGUGUAACCAUGAUAACGUAUCAAUAAAAGUGGGUUGACUGGA